UGUUUGUAGCAGAAUGGUAAUGUAAUUUGUAAAAGAAAUGAUGCUUUUAUUUCAACGGUCUACAAAAAAAGCGCAAAAUGUUGAAAGCCGUUGGUAAAUAUAAAAAUAACAUAAAAUGUUGCCGUUGGGACACUCUGACCCCACCACUCUUCAAAUAUCAAUAAUAUCAACGACCCAACCCAUCGCUCAUUUCUUCCUUUCUACUUUUUACUUCUUUCUCUCUUCUCCUCCUCCUUAAGAACCCCCACUAACACUCUCCAGUUUUCAACUUCUUCUUUCCCUCACCCCCCCCCCCCUCAUUUUUCAUCCUUCUCCAUUCCCUUCUUCUUCAUAUUCUCUUGUCUGCUUCACCUUGUCUUUUCCUCAAUUAUUUGUUUCGUUGUUUGUUUGCAUGAGCUCCAUGGACGAAACCCAAGUAAUUCCAGAUUAUGUUGGUGGGCCUCGUUCAGAGAGCUUCCAAGGAUCCGAAAUGGCGAAAAUAGAUACAAAAUCUGAUGAUCUAAGAGCUGAAAUCGACACCUCGGCCCCCUUCGAGUCUGUGAAGGAAGCAGUGUGUCGUUUCGGUGGAGUCGGCUACUGGAAACCCUCUAACAAACCCUUCCAGCAAGAGGAUCGGCAACAUGAAGUGGAAGAAAUUAGCAUUGAAAAGCUGGAGGAUCACGCAUCUCAGCUGGAAAAUGAACUGAUUUUGAAGCAGAGGGAGACUCUUGAUAUUUUACAAGAACUCGAAUCAACGAGAGGUUUUGUUGAGGAUUUGAAAAUGGAGCUGCGGAAGGAGGUAUCUGAAGUAAGUCAUGUAAACACAAAUGGUGCAGCUGAGGAAGAAGAAGAUGAUGAUAAGGAAAACAUUGGCCGUCACAAAGCUCAAAGACUGAAAUUUGUGCAAGGUUUCGAGCAGGCUCAGCGUAACCUAAGCAGAACCACAAAUGGGAUUUCUGAAAUUCGAGCUUCAAUGGAAGUAUUUAACAAGAAAUUAGAGAGAGAGAGACUCUCGUUGGAGAAAACUCGGGAGAGAUUGAGGCAGAAUUCUUUGAGAAUGUCAUCAGUUGAAGAAAGGCUGAAUCAAACGAGGGAAAAGCUACAAGUUGCGAAGGAUUCUAACAUGGAAGAACAUGGUGCUGAAAUUCUUAAGGAGCUGCAGAUUUUAAAUUCCGAGGCUGAGAAGUUUAAACAAAUAGGGGAAGCUGCAAAGGCUGAAAUUUUGAGGACAAUAUCAAAGAUUGAAAGAAGAAAGAGUAAAAUAAGAACAGCUGAAAUCAGAUUGGCGGCAGCUGCAGAAAUGAAGGAAUCAGCUGUUACGUUGGGAGAUGCGAAGGUGUUAACAAACCAAGAGGUUGAGAAGGGGAAUGAAUCAAAAAUGAAAAUGUUGAAGCAGGUGAAAGAAGCAACAGAAGAAAUCAAGAACACCAAAUUUGCAUUGGAAGAAGUUCUAAACAGUAUGGAGGCUGCGAAGAGGGAAGAAAUUGCAGUGAAAGAAGCAGUGGAGAAGUGGGGAUGGGAGCAGGGUAAGAUGGAGUAUUGUCCAAUUGCUGUGAGUGGACCAAAGCUUGUGGUUGAACAUGAAUCGACCACCCCUGUCCUUAAGCCGUCUCUUUCAAUAGGGCAGAUACUGAGCAGGAAGUUGUUCCUUCAGGAAGAACUGAUGUCGGGGAUUUCAGCAGAGAAACGAUUCUUAAAGCAACGAAAGGUAUCACUGGCGCAGAUGCUAGGAAAACAAAAUAGGGACAUGCCAAGUUGUGUUAAGAUUGAACGAUGGAAUAGUGACCAAAAACACUCCAACAAAAAGCGAAAGAAAUCAGGAUUUGUGGCACGGUUCCCUUCAUUUUUAGCAAAGCAGAAUGAUGAUAACCAGAAGAGAAAGAAGCCAACCCCCAACCUCAAAUGACUAAUGUUGCGUUGUGUAAACUUAAGUUGAACUGUUGUGUGUGUUUGUAUACAUCUAUCUAAUUGUGAGUUCAGUACUGACUUCAGCUUGUGGACUACCUGUAGUUACCUGUAGUUACUGUUAGGAUUAUGUAAUGUAUCCACGAUUGAUUGGGGAUUCUUCCUCCAAAUGCUUUUGAUUUAUUAAUGACCUAGCGUGAAGUUUGUUUUAACAA